AUUUAUGAGUAAAAAGAUUAAUCCCCAAGAGAAACCCGACAACCUUAAUGAAACUUCUUUUAGCGAGCCUGUCGUAAAAAAAGAAUUCGGAUAUGAGCAUGAUUUCGAUGCUAUCAACGCCAAGGUUGAAAGUUUGUCUGCUUGCGUUGCGGAUUUGCAGCGUCAACUGCGCGAAGCCCCCACAGCCGCAGUCGGACGAUGUCCUAAGCCCAACAGAGGCAAGCAAAUCGAGCUCGGUCGCUUGGUCCAUGCUGCGUACGUACGCUGUGUUGAGGAAGACGAAAUAACGUUCAAUUUAAGCGGAUCAAUGGUAAAGGACAACAGCCAUGUUCGUGACAAGAUUAUUGAGUACUGCAAAGAAUCAUCGUACUUUGAUAGAUACCUCCUUAAAUGUAAGACCGGUUUUACUUCUAGGGGUAAAUCAAUUGUUGAAGGAGUGAUUUUAUCAUUCUUCAACAACAUGAAGGCUAAGAUAAGAAGUGAUCGAGACCCCCUUGCAGUCCGUCAAGAAAGGAUGAAAGGCAAGAAGGUAAAGGAGAGAAGAUCGAGAAAACUCUCUCGUAGAUUGGCCAUGUUCAAGCGCCAUCCCGAAUCAGCACCUUCUGUUGCAGCACAAGGUGAUUGUGACAAGGUUCUGGUAGGUGAGUGCCAGUCGGAUGAAGAGGAUGGAUCCAAUGAUGAUGGUUCGUUGGAUUGUUUGGUACCAGCUUGGAGAUCUGAGACUUUGAAUAAUUUUUUUCAAAAUCUUGACAAUCUCCAUGACAAAGUAGCAACAAGAAAGUGGGGUCAAAAACCCAGAAAUAAUUCUGUAGUUGACAAGGCAUUGCCUCCUGAUCUUGAGAGAGAUCUUCCUACUUGGUCCAAAGCUGUAUAAAAAACAAUUAAAAAUGCAAUUAAAAAAAUAAAUCGGCU